AUGGAGGCUAAGGGGAACCCUGGGGAAAGUGAGACGAAGAGAGGAUUCCCCGAGACCGUGAGCGAUGUCACCAAGACCUGCCACACUGAGCAGAACAUGACCUCCGGGAGCUGGUCCACACGCUGUCCAGACCACCCCUUGUCCUCUGCCCCCCAGGUGCCCCAGAGGCCCAAGCGUGUCCGCUUCUACAAGAGCGGGGAUCCCCACUUCAGUGGCCUUCAAGUGGUCAUCAACAGCCGAGCCUUUAAGACCUUCGAUGCCCUGUUGGACAACUUGUCCAAAAAGGUUCCCCUGCCGUUCGGGGUGCGAAACAUCACCACCCCCCGGGGUACACGUGUCGUCCAGAGCCUCGAUGAGCUGGAGGAUGGGAAGUCCUACCUGUGCUCUGACAAAAGGAAGAUUCACCCCAUCAACCUGGAUGUGGUCAGUAGAAGACCGCUUUGUUGGCUGGCUGGUCGGGUGACCGGUGAUGUCGUGAGUCGACUCACCAAUCCUGAGGACGCACCACUGGUGCACACACCCAAGUGGUUGAUGGUCUUCAGAAACGGAGACGCCGGCAUCAAGCACAGGGUGGACCUUCAGGCCAUCCAGACAUGGGAGAGUGUACUAGAGAGCAUGUCAGAGGUGCUGCAUAUCCCAGUGCAGAAGAUCUACACCACGGAUGGGCGAAAAGUGAACACUUCAGACCAGCCAGGAAAUACAAACUCACUGUCCAGUGGUUUGAAGUCAAAGAAGGACAUUGCAAGCGCGACAAUGAGCGAUUCUUCCACCUCCAGCUUGUUUGACUACCCAAGCAAUCGCACCACCUCUGAAGAGGUCGUGAUGAACAAUACAUCAGCCUCAGACCCCAUUCUCUGCACUGCUGAUGGAAGAGCUUCCAAGAGUCUUCUGCCUCCAGAUGGCGACAUUGAGAAGUCAUUCUGCAUUAAUGAAGAUGGCAGCAUGACAGUGGAGAUGAAGGUGCGACUGAAAGUCAAGGAGAAAGAGAUAUUACAUUGGACAACCACGCUGAUGCGGUCCACUGUUGCCAAGAGACGCAGACCGGGCUGUGAUCCAAGGCCAGAGUCAAUGGCUGUUCCACCAGACCUUGAUGAUAUUCCGAAUAUUUGUAACAGAUAUAAGUCCAGUGAAGACCUUGCCCAAGCCAGAGAUCAACUGGACAAACCUUGCUUCUGGAGGCCAGGUACGCCCGGUCCCAGGCACACAAGGAACCUGGAAUCGGUGGAGAGCCUCAGUACCUCGUCGGACACAGCGGUUGUGGAGAAUGUGAUCGGUGCAUACUCUCCGAAAGAGGAGGGGCCCAACAUGGACAAAACCAAGGGUCACCGGGUGGUGCGGCCAAUUCCCAAACCUAGGAUGGUUAAGCUUGCAGAAGCUGAAUGUAACAAAGUGGGCUGUAUCUCCCAGGUUUCCGAGGUCCUCCAGAUGCAAGAAAAGCUGGAGGAAAUCCCAGGCACUACGAGUCACAGGCGUAAACAGCAGAGCUGCUACAGUAAUGAGGUCAACACUGAGGACCAGAAUGUAUGCGAGCUCUUGUACCAGCAUUCUGUCUCCGAGGACACUGCUCCACUGUCAUCCAGCUGCGAACGAGACGCUGAACCAAAUCAUGACAAGAUCAUGACCUUCAAAAGAAGUAGCUACAAAGAUGAGAAGGUUAACUGUAAGGGGAAGAGGGCUAGCUUUGAAGAGACAGUCGUAACAAAAGUCAGAUCAGGUGCUUCAGAUGUAAUAAGCAAUGAAUCUCACUUUCCUUUGAGUGAGGAUUUUGUGGGGAAAACACCUGAAAGGUACAGGAGAACACAACUCUCGGAGGACACAAGCAACCAAUGGAGUACUGCCAGGGAAGACGAGCGGGACACAGAAGUGGAGGGACCCUCUUCCUCUGGCUUUGUGGAAAUCCCAAAAGACUUGCUAGACUUCGUAAACUCAGCCCUUCACUCUUCCACGCUGUCUUUCAGUUAUGACUCCAAAGGGAGUUUAAAGAUAGAGGUUGAGGGAACCAAUAUCAAAUUAACACACAGAAUUCCCAGAAGCAGUACAGAUGUGCAGUAUGAUCAAAGGCGUCUACCAAGCCCAAACACAUCAGACCUCUCUGAUUACGCACCAGAGAUGACAGAGAGCGAUGAAAUUAAAUCACAGGAAUCGGUCGAAUUAAUCACCGAAAGUGAGGAGGAUCAUUCUGGAGGGCCGCCUGGUGAUCGGGACUGUGUACAAAGCAAAACCGGAAGAGGAGAGCACGACGAAGUUGAAGUCUCAGUGCUAAAGGCAUCAUUCUCAGCACCUCCCAUAAAAGAGAACCAAAACCAAGCAUUCAACCGCUCCAGUGGCAGAGCAAUGGCAGACGACAUCACAGCAGGACCUGUGGAUGCUUGUGAUAAACCCGAGCAAGGCAUGGUCCAUAGCACUUCAGAGGACAUGAGCGAGGGUGUCCUAAUUGACAAGGGUCGAUGGCUUCUCAAAGAGAACCACCUCAUUCGUAUGUCUCCUCCUGGACCCAUGGGCAUGUAUGGGAACACAGACACCACAUCAGCCAGUACGGGCCAGGACAAUGGCAGUGAUGACAUCCCAGCCUCCUAUUUUGUGGGCCCAGCUUCCAUCACUGCUGCCCUCUCCUCCUCAGAGCUGGAGGAGAUGGUCAAGCCGGGGGAGUCGACCGAACCUGCCUAUUUCGCCAUGCGACAUGGUAGUGACUCGGACCCCUUCCAGGACGAGCUCAGCAGCAGAAGCAGCACAGAAGAUACUGUAGCCACCUCUCGAGAGUCGAAGGUUGACAAUAAGGAGGAGGUCAGCAUUUACUCUAACACCAAGAACCCUGGGACCUGGGCUAAGAGGAUGAGCAGAUUGAAGUCAUUCACAUCGGUUGAGUUCAAGAUCCCAGAUGGUAAGGUGUACCCCUCGACAGCGCCAUCUGGGGUGGUUCCUGCAGAUGUCCAGGACGCUAAUAUUCAGAACCACAGGGCCAGGAUGGUGCAAGAGCAAGGUUCUGUAAACAGGCUGCACUUUCCCUGUGGACCUCACUGCCCCAUAUUAUAA